AUGACUUGUAGAAAAAGAAGACUUGGACUAUUGGGACCUAAAAGAACUACUAUCACAGUACAUAGGAGUGAAGAGAUUAUACCUGAGCACGGUGGAACCCUAACAAGAGGUUUUAGUUCAGCUUCUAGUGAUGGAGAACCCCUUUCUGGAUCUAUCAUUGGAGAGGACAAAUAUAGUUUACUAUACACUGGUCAACUUGUUGGUAGACAGGUUUUGGGAUCUCCUGUCCUGGGAGAUAUCCAGCUCAGCCUGAUUGACCGGCGCGGGAACCUUGAACUAGAAGUUAUCAGGGCUAGAGGGCUGCAGACUAAAGCGGGUUCAAAACUGCUUCCAGCUCCGUGGGUGAAGGUUUACCUUGUAAGCGGGAAGAAAUGCUUGGCUAAAGCAAAAACAUCCCAGGCUCGUAGAACUCUAGAUCCACUCUUCCAGCAGCAGCUCAUCUUCAGCCAGAGAUAUGGGGGUUGUGUUCUUCAGGUGACUAUCUGGGGGGACUAUGGACGAGUGGAGGGUGCCAAGGUUUUCAUGGGAGUAGCACAAAUCCUAUUAGAUAACCUAGACCUUUCUGAGCUCGUGAUUGGUUGGUACAAACUCUUUGGAACAUCCUCAUUGGUCAGCGUACCACCAGGUGGUGGGAAAGACAGUGCCCUUCAGGAUAACUCUAAAACUGAGAUACAAAACCAGGUUUCGGAGGAGAGUAUAUCAGUUUCCGGUACAUGACACCUGGCCAGCACUCGGACCCUGCGACCAAAAGUGCGGAUAUACAUUAAAGUUUUUUCUAGUAGCCUUCUCAUACAGCUGUUCAUGUACGAGAACCCAACUCCAGGGGCUGCCAAGGUCCGGGCACACUCUUUAUAAAGUAUACGGAGGUACAGACGGUCAUUUAUCUCAAUGACCGGCCAACUCCUAGUCACCUAUUCACAGAUCGUCUCAUUCAGCUUGAGACAAACAUUCUAAAAUGUUCGUGUAUAAAAAAAGAAUGGACCAGCACUCCAACGUGAUAAAUUCAUUAUUUAGAGAUUAGAUCUUGAUGCAAGUGAACCUCAGAGAUGAAAAAUAUAAUCAUGGGAGAAUCUUCCCUCGGAAAAGUGUCCAAAAGACUUGGAAGGUUUUUGCAAGAUUUGUUUUUCGAUAAAACUUUUCAUUCAUAAAUAAUUCAGUCAUUAAGUACCUCUUUAAUCAUCUGUCAAACGCUGCAAGGAUAUAAUAUCAUUUUUUAGAAUUUAACUUUCCUCUUUAACGGGUUUUACUAAAUAUAGGAAAUUAAACUUUAGCUUAUGUUUAUUUUCAAUAAUAAUAGUUUUGAAGUUUUGAAAUGGAGUAAAUCAUUAUGAAAACUAUUAAACCUUGGUGUAAUCUGAUAUUAACUGACAAUUUAGUUGGUUUAAAAAUGAAGCGAUAAAAAGUUAGAGUUUAGAAUUCUAUGCCACCAUUUAUAUCAUUAACGAAUUUUAUGGAUAUAAUUGCGAUGCGAAAUGUUUGGUCAUCAAACCUUCAAAUUAAUAAUAAUUUGUUUUUGAUUUACAAAAUAAUAAUAAAGCUGCCUAAAGUCUGACACUAUAAUUUAAAAAGAUACGUAAAUAAUUCUUUCCAUGUCAGCAAAAACAUGCAUUAUAAAUUAUAUACAGGGUGAAACGUUUUGUUAAUUCUAGUUAAAUACUACCCCACCCCCCUCCCCCCUUUGGAUCAGAAUUGGGAACUCCCCCAUUUUUGUAUUGCAAAGGGGCAGUAAUCUUCAGUUCAUAAUCAAUAAAUCAAUCUUACUAUAAAAAUUCAAAUAAAAACUGAUUCAUAAAUUUUCUGAGCCCUCAAAAUUAAAAGCUAAACUACAACUUAAUCAAACCGUUUAAAUUAAUGCUUUAGAUGUAAAAAAUUGGCUCUGAAUAUUUUCUUUAACCUAUUUUUUUUUAACUCUCAUCCUAGGCUUAGUUUAUCAAUGUGAUCAAUUAUUUUAUUAUUUAGUAAAUUUAUUUUUAUUUUGAUCAUGUUUUCCCAAACUUUAUAUAUUGUAUAAUCACCAAAUUAUCAAACAGGACGGCUGUAAUUUUUCCCUAUUCAGUGUAUAUGUAUUAUGUAUAUCUUAUCUAUAAAGCAAACUAUUUUUUGGGUUUAUUUUGGAUUCCUUAUAAAAUGACUUGACCCCUAUAACUUUGAUUCAAAAUGCAAAAUAAACCCAACAAAUACCUGGCUGAGAGCUCAAGCUAUUUUCUAUUUCACGAACGAGAUUUUUAUAAUAUGAAUUAUAUCUAUAUCAAUAUACUUUAUCAAAAUAUACAUAGAAUAUUAA